AAUCCCUCCCUUAUCUCCCUUGUUUCUCUUCUCUACCAAUUAUUAUAUACACAAAAUAUUAUUAUCCAAUCACACCCCUCAAUUAGAUAUUUAGAUCCCUCAACAUCUAGGGUUUCUAAAUCACCGAUUCCUCUCAAAUUCGUUACCAAAUCCUUAAUCAUCAAUCAUUUCAAUAUGAACAAUCACGAGAAACAACAAUCGGUUGAUGAUCGAGACGUAAAUGAUGAGAACGAAGAUUCAUCAUCGGUAAGUUGUGAAGAACGUACGGAUGCGGUUUCUGGAGAUUCGUCGACACGGCGGAGCGGUAAUGGAAUCGGACUUGCGGAUCGUUUGACCGAUUUGUUUGUUGGCGACGGAGAUAGCGAUGAUGAUUUGUUGAUUCAUCGGAGCGCUCAUGGAACGGUUAUGCAGUGGCUACAGGCGCUUGAUAUGCAGGUCAUGGGAGCGUGUCGUGCUGAUGAGAGGUUGAAGCCGUUGCUUAAGCUUAACGUGUCUAGUGGCGUCGCUGAGGAUCGAUUGUUUUCGCAUCUGAGUCAGCACUUCGAACCAUCAGAAGUUGGAUUGCUUGCAAGGUGCUUGUGUGUUCCGCUUGUGUCGGUUCGCGUUGGCAAGAUUGACAAGCAAGGAAGUCUUCUAGUUCCAUCCAGUGCAAGGGGGAACUUAACUCUGUCUCUCUUGCCAACAUCUGAUCUACGUAUAUCCUUUCUUGGAGAUGAUGGUCAUAUAGAACGUCUUUCAACUUUGAGAACUAUCUCUGAUUGCUCGUCUGUCAUGAUUGAAGGAAUAUCAGCGGAUAAUUGUGGUCGGUCUUUUAUGAUUAAGAUUCCUACUAUUGAUGAACCUUUUUACUUUUGGUGCUCUGAGAAGUCCAUACUUCUCGGUAAUGAGUUGCUUGAUAAGAUGAAGAAUUUACUUGAGAAGAAGCCUUCCCUUGCUGAUUUAACUGGAAUUAGUGAUUCUCGUCUUGAAUGUUUUGUGACUCAUCUUCGAACUUGUCUUGUUGGGUCAAAUGAGAAUAAUAGCACCGCACCCAUGUUAUUAACCACUUCCUCCUCAACAACCUCUUUAGGUCAUGGCGGAACUGGUAAAAGUUCACAAUCGGCACUCAAGUCUUCACGUAGUCUGAGCCCGAAAGCAAAUUCUUUUAAAGAAGGCUCACCUAGAAAUUUGGCUUCCUUGAAAAACGUCGUCAAGGAUAAAUUGAGGCGAAAGGGGGAAGCAAGCAGUUUUUCAUGUGUUGAAAAUCCCGAUGCCAUUUCAGUUUCUUCUUCAAGUUCUCCUAUAGUAUCUACUUCAGAUCAGUCUUCUGAAGGCAAGAUUCCCGAAUCAGCUAUUGAUACCCGCAUGUUGUUCCCAUUGGUAACUGGGUUAGAAGUUGGUUUAGCUGAGAAAACCAUAGAUGACACAUCCGUCCUAAGUUCUACUCCUCCGAUUCCUCCGUUUUCUCCUUAUUAUUGUUGGUGUCCGCCUGUCGCAUCCACACUUCAAUACACUGUGGCAUCUUCUUCAGUGGCCGACUCAUAUACCUUACCUCCUCUUUCUUCACUUCUCGCAGGCUCAACAUCAUCCAGCCUUUUAACACCAAAACCAACUCUUAAUCUGGAUGAAAUCCCGCCUUUUUUACCCGAACCAUUGGUUCGGUUACCCAUAUCUAUGCCAACUUCUCAACAGAUCCCGCUUUUCACCCCAUUGAUGACUGAUUCAAUAGUCCACAUCCCGGUGAUUGACAUCUGUUCUUCCGGGCAAGCCUACCUGGUGAGCGGUGGUCCUGCUAUGAACGUCACCAUCCCACCGCUUCACCAGGCACUGGUGAGCCCAUUGAUCCAAGAAACUGAAUCCAUGGCUGAGAAGAGCGCAAGGGAUACCCUCCGGCUGCUAAUCAGCGGAUCAAGUCAGCUGCCCUCGGUUCUCGCCCAUGUUGAUGGGAAUCAAAACGGACUUGUGUCUGGAAGCAGGGGUCUCUAUGGGGGAGCUACAGACGUGAACCAUGCAAUUGCAAAUAGCAUUGCUGCUAUGGGCUUGGUUUCAUUGACUGAGAGGUCCAGUGGUGUUAUGAGGAGGUGCCUUGACGGAGGUGAUUUGGUUGAUCUACUGGGUGACUCUGGCGGGACUUGUUCAAACAAUGAUGACUCGAGCUUUUCCGAUUCAGGGACUGGAAAAAACCAAUGAUGUGGGCUUCUUUACCUUUGUAGAUCCUGUUUGUCUCUCUAGGAAUGAAAAAAAAAAAGAACUGUAGAUAUAUCUUUUAUUGUAGUUGUUUUGGGUGCAAAUGAUAUGUAACUAGACUGGAAAAUGGAAAAGCAUAAUAGCAGGUCUCUCUCUACCUCUUUAAUCCUUAUAAUCACAUUUUUAUGGAA